UUGUCAAAAUCAACAGAAAAAUCCAUCUUCCCCGCAGCUCGGUGCUGCAUUCGAAAGUUAUCUCGCGACCAGGUCACAACAAAAACGGCCCUGCGUCGUCGUCGUCCGGAAUUCCGCCGUGUGGCCCCCGCCGUGGACAUCGCCCUAAAGUUCCGAUACUCGUAGUGUGGUUCCGCGACCCAAUCAAACAGUUCUAGAGGUUGGUGAAAAAGUGAGAGAUCUCUUCUGACUGCUUGAAAAGUGUGUGUGUGCGUUCCAGAGCAGGGAGGAAGCUUGCUCGAAAAGUGUGUAAAAUUACGUGUUGGACGUCAGACGUGCAAAAAAAAAAAAAAAAGAAGUCGAGUGGCGAAAUAUUUGGGUGUUACUGUUCAUUAAACAUGCACGGUGAGAAUAAUUAGAGACUUCAAGACUUCAUCCAGAAAAAAUAAGAGAAGGAAAAAAGUGUCGAAAACCCAACGUCCAAACCUUAAAGCAGAGAGUGAGAUGAAGCAACCGGCCACGACGGAUGCGGACCGGGCCAGCAAGGCCAACCGGCCGAGCAUGCUGCUGACGAACGAGGAAAAUGAGCAACUCUUUGGACUGCUCGGGAGGCGCUGUCAGACCCAAUGCACGGCCGUGGUCCAGCUGUACCUGACGCAAUCGCCGGCGCACGCUUCCUGGGUCAAAAAGUGGACCGGCGCGCUCUGCUUCGUCAAGGACAACAUCCGCAAGUCGUACUACUUCCGGCUGUACUGCCUCAAGACGAACCGCCAGGUCUGGGAGCAGGAGCUGUACGAGAAGCUCGACGUCACCAAGCCGCGCCCGUUCCUGAUCGUGUUCGAGGGGGCGGAGGGCAUCGUGGCGUUCAACUUUGCGAUGGAGGACGAAGCUACGGCGUUUAUGAACACCACCACGAGCACGCUGCACAACCGAAACCGGCGAAGAGAUGAUCGCAUCAAACGGAACAGUACCCGGAAGGACCCACCGCCGGCACGACCCCCACCAGUGUCGAACCAAAACAAUGCCUUUGACAAUACUGUCACUUUGCGGCACAAGCCUUCCUUUGGUGCCCCGACGGCGGCCGCUUUCCCGCAGCAACCGGCGGCGGCAGCGGCGAUGACGCCCCACCAGCGACCCACCAAGAAUAAGGCCAAGGGCAAGCUGCGCAAGGAGGACAUUGGGAUGCCGUCGAACUUUAAGCACGUGACGCACGUUGGAUGGAGUCCCACCAGCGGGUUCGAUCUGAGCGGCGAGGAGGACACGCUGAAGCCGUUCCUGGAGAAGGCGGGUGUGCGGGAUCAGCAUCUGAAAGAUCGCGAGACGCGCGAAUUCAUCUACGACUUUAUUCAGAACCACAAGGUGUUGGACACGAUGAAGUCGGAACAGUCCGGCAACAACCGUAAGCAGAGACCACCGCCCGUCCCGAUCCGGAACCACCACGAGCAGCAGCAAACCCAGCAGUCCCCCCAACAGCCCAACGGAAACGUUCAGCAACGGAACCCACCGCCACCGCCCCCGAACCGGACACUGCCCCCACUGCCGGCGACGACCCCACCCAAGGUGAACCAAGCGCCUUCCCGACCCCCGCCGAUCCAGCAGCAGCAGCAGCACAAGGAAUCGCCGGCACCACCCGCUCCUGCGGCACCGAUUCCCGGACCACCCCCACCACCGCCACCUCCACCGUCGGCCGCCGCCCCUCCCCCGCCACCGCCCAUGGGAUCGAUGCCGAAGGCGCAAGCCCCCGCCAUCCCGGUGGUCGUCGACGACAACCGGUCCGCACUGCUGGACAGCAUCCGCAAGGGGACGACGCUCAAGCCAGUGGACCAGAGCGCCCUCAGCACCGGCUCCGGUUCCGGUGGCGGCGGAAGCGACCUCCGGGGUGACUUGAUGUCGCAGAUCCGGAGCGGCGGAGUGGUGCUGCGGCCGGUGCAGGACCGCGAACAGAACGCUGGCCCCGGCACGGACCGAAGCAGCGGAAGUGCCGGAAGCGGAGAUUGCGGCACGGAUGCGCUAGCGGAUGCCCUGAGGAGAGCGCUGGCCGAACGAGGCCGCGUCAUCCGGUCGUCGGAUGAGGACGACAGCGACUCGAACUCGGCCAACGACGAUUGGGAUGAUUAAGCGGGUGAGGUUAGUUGUUUUUUUAAAGGAUAUUUUUUUCGUUUUGUGUUUAAAAUUUUUAAUGUUUAGUUUUUUUUUUGUUGUAAAGUCAAAUUUUUGAGAACGCGGUGCCAAAUGAGUGUGACUGUAUGUGUGAAAUAAUUGUUUGUGUGUAUAUUGAGAACGAAAUAAUUGCGGAUUGAAGCAGGUUACCCAGAGAGGAGGAAGUGUUAGCAAUUAUUAGUAUGGUAAUUCUACUUAGCAUUAAAAAACGGCACAUCAGACGCACCAACAUUACUGUGUAGUGUAUUUUAAGAGCAGUAUGCAAAUGCGCGCGUGUCUUUGGUUGUUUUUAGCAAUAUUUUAAAAAUCUUUAUUUUCCCCUUUUGUUGCCCCGAGUAUUGAAUACGCUGCCUUUAAAUUGUGUAUUUAUAAUAAAAUAUUCUAGCAUAAAACAAGCAACUACUUUUUAGCCUUUCAUCUAUAAAAACUUAAUCGAAAAUGUCGUGCGAAAAAAGAUUAGAGGGAUUUAAAAGGGAAGAAAAAGAAUUCGCUGUUUAGGAAGGAGACGAAAAUGAAAGUUUCCGCUCUAGCACUUCUCGAGUUUCGAUUUUCCAAAUCUUACUUUCGGCUGCCAUGGUCUGCUUCUCGGUUUUCGAAUUUUUAGUUUGAGUCACUGACUAAAAUUAAACAAAAAAAUCAUUUUUUCGAUGAAACGCCAUGCGUCUCCAUCGAGCGCACUUGCCAUGGAGACGCAUGGCAUUUCACUCAAUUUGUGUGUAAUUUGCACAGUGACAAAAACAUGAAAAUUCAAAACCAACUUUGGAAAGGCCCUUCGCUACCCUUUCUCUUUUCCCCUUUCGCACCCUGGCGAAAGGUGGCCUGCAAAGAGCUCAAUUUUUGUACACUUCUUUUUCUGUCCCUGUCCCCACACUUGGUAGAAGUAUUUUUAACGAAACGAUAAGUAACACUGAUAUCUGCUCACACACACUUUAAAGCGCGAUUAACGAAUAAAAACAAAACAAAACGUGAUUUCGUAGUAACAGAAACAGUAAAGAAUAAAACAGUUAGCCUAAAUAGCACUAAGAGAAACUUUCACUUGUUGUUUUAGUCAAACACAGUCAAUACUAAUGCAAUUGCAGAUUGUCGUUAAAUGUUUCUAAGUGUAAUAGGUUCUUGUUAAUAUUCAUAUGUACAUUUAUCUUUCCUUUUUUCUGCAACCACAGUUUAACGUGCAUAUUUUUUGCAAUUCGUUGAUAAUUGAUUUGAGAAACCCGAACCAAUUAAGAUUAAUCUAGACAAAUAAACAAAUAAAAAAAUAUCGUAUAGGUGUAUUAACUUAAUCGGUUAGUCAGUUUAAAAAAUAAAUAAAUUUGGUUUAAAGAUAAUCUUUCAACAGAAAGCCAAAAAAAAAACCAAGCGGCUGUUGAUUGUUAUAUCCCCUGUCGUCGACUAACUUGUAUGUAAACUCAUGAGCUGUUUAACUCUGUGUAUUUUUUUACAAUCACAUCUAUAUAUAUAUAUUCUCUACUUCUACAAUAAAGCGCUCUUAACACGACUAUUCCGUUAAAAUA